AUGAUAACUGUGACUUUAUUUUUGUUUUUAUUUUGGGUGUUUGAUUACAGUGAGAAACUUGAGACUAAUGGUUUAAGUUUUGUUUAUUUUAUUUAUUUAUUUUUUUGCCUUGCAGAGCAAUCUUCACAAGAAAUUCCAAUUUUCAUCUUUUUUUUCUUCCAUUCUUGUUCGUCAUCUUCCUCUUGCUGUUGUUGUUCAUAUUCUUCUUCCUCCUCCUCUUUCUCUUGCUGUUGUAACAAUGUUGUUGUUGUUGCUGUAGUGAUUGUUGUUCUUGUAACAAUUGUUGUCGUUGUAGCAAUUGUAGUUGUUGUUGUUGUUGUUGUUGUUGUUGUUGUUGUUGUUGUUGUUGUUGUUGUUGUUGUUGUUGUUGUUGUUGUUGUUGUUGGAGAAAUUGUUGUUGUUGUUGUUGCUGUUGUUGUUGUUGUUGUUGUUGUUGUUGUUGUUGUUGUUGCUGUUGUUGUUGUUGUUGUUGUUGUUGUUGUUGUUGUUGUUGUUGUUGUAACAAUCGUUUUUGGUCUCGCUGAAGUUGUUUUUGUUGUUUUCUUUAAAUUUCAUUUUGUCUAA